UAGAAAAGGACCGCUGGCAGUCCAUCAAUAAUCUUUUGUAAUAUUCCUAAUCUUUACAGAAAUCAUCGCAACCAAUCCACCGGCUGUACACUUAAUCUAUCCACCUUUAGUUUAUCAAUCACUUCAUUCAAGAUGGGUGAACAAGAAGGUCCCAUCACGGCCUACCCGUCAACAGAAAUAAAACCCCAGAAUCAAGAGGGUGGCCCUGGACUAGACAAAAACAUGGACCCAUACGCGAACUGGACACAGCUCGAGUUCUGGGACGACAACGGCAAACCCUACCUCAAGGAGUACGAGGGCAGAGGCCUUUUGGAGGGCAAGGCUGCCCUGAUCACUGGUGGAGAUUCAGGGAUCGGAAGAUCAGUUGCUAUUCUGUUUGCACGAGAGGGAGCCGAUGUCAGUAUCGUGUACCUACCCGAAGAGGAGGAGGACGCGCAAUACGUGAAGAAGAAGAUCGAGGAGGCAGGCAGGAAGGCGAACCUAAUGGCUUUCAACUUGCGGGACAGGAAAAACUGCGAGAAGGCCGUCGAGGGACACAUGAAGGCUUUCGGGAAGCUCAAUGUUCUAGUCAACAAUGCUGCAAUGCAGGAGGGGUGCGAAGAUAUUUCCGACAUUGACCUCGAUGUUACGGAGAAAACUUUCCAGACCAACGUCGUUUCCAUGUUCGCGAUGACCAAGUACGCUAUCAAGCACAUGAAGCGCGGCGAUUGCAUUGUCAAUAGCAGCUCUGUUGCAGCGUAUAUGAGCAAUCCUCAACUACUCGACUACGCGUCCACAAAGGGCGCCAUUGCGACAUUUACUCGAGGUCUUGCACAGCAGCAAGCUAAAAAUGGCAUUCGUGUAAAUGCCGUCGCCCCUGGUAUUAUUUGGACUCCUUUGCAGCCGGCCACCAAGAACGUCUCCGACGACGCGAUGAAAGGAUUGGGUGUUGGAGCUUGCCCGCUCAACAGACCAGGCAUGCCCAUUGAGAUGGCUACGCUUUACGUUACCCUGGCCUCUCCCUUUGGUUCUUAUUGCACUGGAGAAGUCCUUCAUGGAUCGGGCGGCAUUGAGAUGCAGGGUUAAGUGGAUA